AUGGAGCGCGCGGUUGUGUUACUAGGGCUGGUCUCAGCAAUAGUUGCAGAGGCACCUUAUCAUUUACCACGGCCUGCACCGCAAGUGCCUGCGUUCCACUAUCCGUCAGCACCUGCGCCUCCAUCACAACCUUCGCGACCUCAUCCACAUUUCCCAUCGCAGCCAACACCCCACCUACCGUCUCCACAACCCAAUUUCAACUUAGGUUACAAUUACGAACGACCAAGCGUACAACCAGCGUUUGUCCAACCACCACAGCCACAGAUCCAGUACAACUCUCCGCCUCAACAAAUUCAUCGACCACACUCAACAUAUUCGCAACCUCAACAAGCAUUGUCGCAAUCUUACCCUCAGCCUCAACCUAUAUCCCAUUAUCCUCAACCUAGUCAUUCAUACGGUUUGCCACAACUGCAAAUAGCUCCGCGACCUGCCCAACAACCUAUUCCACAAAUUCAACAACAUGUUCCGCAAAUUGCGCCACAACAUAUUUAUUCCCAACCUCAGCCUCAAUUUCAACCACAACCUCAACCGCAACCAGCUCAAGUAUAUCAACCAGCUGCAUAUCAGCAGCAGCAGUUCAACUCUCAACCCGGAUAUUCGUACCAACAGCCUCACCCUAUCCAGGCACUCCAGCAGCUACCUCUUCAAGCUCACUCAUUAAACAGCGGUAUCUCAUCGUCUCUUUCAAGUUACCAAGCAGAUUCUAACCAGUACAGAGGUUCACACGACCAGACUCAUAAUGAAGCAUUAGAUUCAGUUGUAAUCGAUCAUUUGCAACAUAUUAUAAGGGAAGACGAGCAUAGCUUAGCAAAGAGUGCAGGAUAUCAGUCACUUGUCUCAGGAAUAUCUUUGGAGAAUGCUAAACCUAGCGUAGAGAUAUCGUCCUUUAUACAAAACUCUCCUUUGGGGAGAAAUCAAAAUACAGGUCCUUCAGAGUCACACAGAUCAAUUAGCUCAUCCACAGCGGUUGCAGUGUCGGGCCCAUCUGUGGAUUAUGGAUUACCGUCGAUCACAGCUAACAGUCAAUCUAGUCACGGCAGUUCAUCUUCUAGUUUCGUGCCUCAAACGCACUCUGGUAUAUCAUACGGAGCACCAAGUCAACAUUAAACUAGA